AUGUCAUUGAAUGAACAUGUUAUAAAAGAUAAAGCAAAAGUAAAAAAAUUAGAAGCGAAGCUGAAUCUUUAUAAUGUUAGAAAAAAUAAAAAUAAUGGAAUAAUAUCUUCAUUGAAUUUUAAAAA